CACUCCCAAGUUUCGCUCUCUCUAGCUACUCCCUUCUCUCGCCGCAGCGCAGUAUUUGUUUUCCUGUGCUAAUAUUCGUCUCGUCCCAAAGAAAAUUGUCCCGCCGUCGGAUCGCCGCCAUGGGUUUCCACGUUCGCGAAGUCUGGAACCACAACCUCGCCGAGGAAAUUUCAGCCAUGGAAGAAACACUCAGCAACUACCCAAUCGUCUCCGUCGACGCCGAAUUCCCGGGGUGCCUCCGGCCGACUCCGCGGCACGCCGGCGAGGAAGUCCGGUUCGCCGACAUGAAGCACAACGUGGACAGCACGGAUUUGAUCCAAUUGGGCGUCACGCUCUCCAACGAAAAGGGCACCGUCGCCGCAAUCUGGCAAUUCAACUUGGAGUUCGACCUGGACAGAGACUUGCACGCCAAGGAAUCCAUCCGCUUCUUACAGGCCCACGGCGUCGAUUUCGCGAAGCUGAAGGUCCACGGGAUCGAGCGGGUCCAGUUCGGGGCCGCGUUCGGUGGGUUGAUCGGCCGUCGGAGCAGGCCGCUCACCUGGGUCACGUUCCACGGGCUGUACGACCUGGCCCAUAUCGUCAAAGUCGUGGGACGCAGGCCCAUCCCGGACACCGCCGCGGAUUUCGGGGAGAUGUUGGGGAAAGGGUUCGACGCGGUGGUGGACGUGAAGUAUGCGGCGAGGUAUUUGGCCGGCGGCGGCGAGGUCGGGCUGCAGAGGCUUGCCGACGAGCUGGGGGUGAAGCGGCGCGGGGAGGCGCAUACCGCCGGGUCGGAUAGUCUGCUGACGGCGCUCGUUUUCUCGAAGCUGAAGAAGAAGGUGAAGCACGUCGUCGGGCAGGAUUGUUAUGUUGAUUUUCUCUACGGGAUCGGCGGCAGAAUUCCGAGGCAGAGUCGUGGGCAGGGAGUUGUUCGGCCGCCGUCAGCAGCGGUGGUGGUGGGUUGCGGUCAUCCUGUGUAUCAUGUGGCGGUUUCGGUGCCGGUGAAUGUAGUUCCGGUGACGUACCCACAUCCUGAUUGUUAUUAUUAUCAUCAUCGUGACCACCGUAAUGAUGAUACUCGCCUCUCCGCUUCCUGUUAUGGUGGCGGGAAUUAUCUUGCGGCUGUUUGAUUAAGUUAGUGGUGAGAGAUUGAAUGAAUCCUGUUCAAUCCAGAAAGAUGGACGGACGGACGAAGUUAGGGUUUGUAAUUUACUCCAUUGUUCAAUCAAGAAUUAGUGGUCUGGUUGCUUUUGUUAUUGAGUUUUUUUCAGUUCUUGGAUGUGCUCUAUUCUGUUUCUAAUUCUCCUUCAACAAAAUCCACUGGUUGCAGCUCGCUAACUUCAUCUUCGUUGAAAAAUCGGAUUAAGAUAACUUACCACUCGAUACACAAAAUUUUCGGAUGACUUCUUGAGCACUCGUAAGUCGUAAGAAUUAGAACGAUAAAUCAAAGAAAAAUAU